AUGAGCCAUCUCACUUAUCAAGAAAGGGCUGCUAGACAUCCUAGUCCAGUUGCAACUAGGUUGCUGAAUUUGAUGCAUGAGAAGCAGACCAAUCUCUGUGCAUCUCUUGAUGUCAACACAACUGCUGAAUUGUUACACCUACUAGAUGUUCUAGGUCCCCACAUCUGUCUAGUGAAGACUCAUGUGGAUAUUCUUUCAGAUUUCUCGAUAGAAGGUACAGUUAAGCCUUUGAAAGAGUUAGCUGCCAAGCACAAUUUCCUAAUCUUUGAAGAUAGAAAAUUCGCUGAUAUUGGUAAUACUGUUAAAUUGCAGUACAAAUCAGGAGUUUACCAAAUUGCACAAUGGGCUGACAUUACCAAUGCCCAUGGUGUUACCGGUCCUGGUAUUGUGCAAGGUCUUAAACAAGCGGCACAAGAGACUACACAGGAACCUCGUGGUCUUCUAAUGCUUGCAGAAUUGUCCUCUAAAGGAUCGUUAGCACAUGGUGAAUAUACUACGGGUACAGUGGAUAUCGCCAAGAGUGAUAAAGAAUUUGUGAUUGGAUUUAUCGCUCAAAGAGAUAUGGGGGGUAGAGAUGAAGGUUACGAUUGGCUCAUAAUGACGCCUGGUGUUGGCCUUGACGACAAAGGUGAUUCAUUGGGUCAACAGUACCGUACUGUCGAUGACGUAGUAUCCACCGGAUCCGAUAUAAUCAUCGUUGGUAGAGGUUUAUUCGCCAAGGGUCGUGAUCCAAGUGUUGAAGGUGAACGUUACAGAAAAGCAGGAUGGCAAGCGUAUUUAAAGAGAUGCAAUAAAUAA